ACUCCCGGGUCAUGGGGGCGGGGGAGAGGUGUGGUGGAGCAUUGAGACUCCAGCGGCGGGCGCUCCCAUCCAAGCACCCUGAGAUCUCGGUGGAGAGGAAGAGGGGGUACAGGAGGCGAGGAGGAGGGAGCUCCGCUGUUUCCUGUGCUGUAGCUCCCGUUGCAGCGGCGCCCGUGGCAGCCCUGGCGGACGCAGGAGCGAUGGCAGCGACCGAUAUAGCUCGCCAGGUGGGUGAAGGUUGCCGAACUGUCCCCCUGGCUGGACACGUGGGGUUUGACAGCUUGCCCGACCAGCUGGUGAACAAGUCAGUCAGCCAGGGCUUCUGCUUCAACAUCCUGUGCGUGGGAGAGACAGGUUUGGGCAAGUCUACCCUCAUGGACACCCUGUUCAACACCAAGUUCGAGGGGGAGCCAGCCACCCACACACAGCCGGGUGUCCAGCUCCGGUCCAGUACUUAUGACCUCCAAGAGAGCAACGUGGGGCUGAAACUCACAAUCGUUAGCACGGUGGGCUUUGGGGACCAGAUCAACAAGGAGGACAGCUACAAGCCCAUUGUGGAAUUCAUUGAUGCCCAGUUCGAGGCCUACCUGCAGGAGGAGCUGAAGAUCCGCAGGGUCCUGCACACCUACCAUGACUCCCGCAUCCACGCCUGUUUGUAUUUCAUCGCCCCCACGGGUCAUUCCCUGAAGUCUCUGGACCUAGUGACGAUGAAGAAGCUAGACAGUAAGGUGAACAUCAUCCCCAUUAUUGCCAAAUCCGAUGCCAUUUCUAAGAGUGAGCUAACAAAGUUUAAAAUCAAAAUCACCAGCGAGCUUGUCAGCAACGGGGUCCAGAUUUACCAAUUCCCUACAGAUGAUGAGUCGGUGGCAGAGAUCAAUGGAACCAUGAAUGCCCACCUGCCGUUUGCUGUCAUUGGCAGCACAGAAGAACUGAAGAUAGGCAACAAGAUGAUGAAGGCACGACAGUAUCCUUGGGGCACGGUGCAGGUUGAAAACGAGGCCCACUGUGACUUUGUGAAGCUGCGGGAGAUGCUGAUUCGGGUCAACAUGGAGGAUCUCCGGGAGCAGACCCACAGCCGGCACUAUGAGCUGUACCGCCGCUGUAAGCUGGAGGAGAUGGGCUUCAAGGACACCGACCCUGACAGCAAACCCUUCAGUUUACAGGAAACAUAUGAGGCCAAAAGGAAUGAGUUCCUAGGAGAGCUCCAGAAAAAAGAAGAGGAGAUGAGACAGAUGUUCGUCCAGAGAGUCAAAGAGAAAGAAGCUGAACUCAAAGAGGCAGAGAAAGAGCUGCAUGAGAAGUUUGACCGUCUGAAGAAACUACACCAGGACGAGAAGAAGAAGCUGGAGGAUAAGAAGAAAUCUCUAGAUGAUGAAGUGAACGCUUUCAAACAGAGAAAGACGGCGGCUGAGCUGCUCCAGUCCCAGGGCUCCCAGGCUGGAGGCUCACAGACUCUGAAAAGAGACAAAGAGAAGAAAAACUCUUACUGUUUUACAGUUAACUCUGCUGUUUGCUGCAUGCUGCAUGAGACCCAGGGUCCUGUAAUCCAUGGCUGUGUACUGAAUAGUAUUCCCCGCUACAGCUGGACUGGACUCCAUUUAGCCUUUUAAGCCAAGGUUCUUAUUUUAACUGACAGCUUUCCUUUGGGGGGCCUGGCCGCCGGGCCCCCGGCCCCUGCCACGUACUUCCACUUCAAGCCCCACUUCUUCUUUUGCGUUCUGCCUCCUAGUCCCACUGGCACUGACCAUGACCUUCUUUUUUAUUUUUUUGAGGGUUUUUUUGGUCACUUUCUUUCAAAACACACAAACAAGUCUAUGCCAAAUUUUCAGGCCUUUUUGAAGUAUUGAGAAUGGGGAGGGGGUUUCUCUCUUCAAUAAUAGAUAAUGAUAGGAAGUGACAAGUAGCAAAAAUGAAGAGCAGACAUCUGCACACACUUGAUCUUUUCUUGUUGGCAAAGCAAGAGCGCAGUUUGGCUGAUCUGGAUUGUUUGGGGUGUCGCUGACUGGUUAAUGGCCAGAAGCGAGUAUGGAGGUGAUGCCGCCAAAGCAUAAGCUAGUUUCUUGAGAAAAUCCAAGUCUCAGAGUGGAGCAUUUUAGGAGACCCUACCCUCGGAGGUUUCAAAAACAAACUUGGCUACUCAGCCAGUAGCUCAGAAAGAUGCUAAGUUAGGGCUGUCAAGUCUCCUUGAGGAAGGCAUCUUAUUUGCAGCUUUGACGCUUCUAUGACCAGUUUCUCUGCUGCUUCCCAAGAAUCCCCAACUUCGACAACCAACUGGUCUCCAUCCCCACCCCCCAGUAAUUAUUUGCUUUACAAAUAGGGCCCCCUCAUUUGCAUUUGUUUACAGAUUAACUACUUGAGGCUUGAGGAGCUGUGAAAACUUCAAAAGAAUGAGAGCCACCCAGCCUCUGAGAGACCUUCAGAGACCAGGCAGGAAUUUUGUAUUAUGGGAGAAAUUUGGUCUGUAAAACAGAUAUGACUCACUUUUUUCAGAAGAGGAAAUUGAAGUCCAGAGAAAUGAAGGGGCUUGCCAGAGCUCCCAGCGCUGUUUCAUGGCAGAAGCCAGGCUAGAUUCAGUGUCACCUACUCCCGAUCCAUUUCACAAAUGGGUUCAGUCUGUUGAUAUAUGUUCCUGGAGACAAGGUCUUUUGAUGUUCGGAGGCAGUGAAUAGUUAGUAUUAGAGGGCCUUUGAGGAUUUUUUUUCCCAUAGAAAAAUAUCUGAGGAUGGAGUGGGGAGGAGGGGGAAGCAGAAGACUCCAGGCCAGCUCCUGAACCGAGUGCUUCUGCUGACGCCAGGAGUCACCAGGCACCUGUUAGCUGGUCAGCUUUCCUGGAAGUCUGGAAUGAGGCCCAGGCAUACAUCUGUUUAACAGUGUCCUAGAGGAGCCUUGUAAUCAAGGAAGUUUGGUAAACAAAAAUCUAAGCUGCGAGUGAACAUGAGACCUUUCGAAAGUCCACCAAGGCUGUUAAAAGAAUUAAGAUGCUUAUUCUAUUGGGUAGCUUUUCUCACUGUAGACAGAAAGGUUUUUUCCUUCUUCAGUGAAAAGGCUUUUUAGUUAGUACAAUUGUUACUAUUUUUUAAAAAUACUCUAAGUACUCUGUUUACUUCUGGUGAAACAAAACCAGUCAUUAGAAAUGGUCUGUGGUUUUAUUUUCCCAUACUGGAAUGGAAUGGCUUUCCUGAGAAAUCCCCACAUGUACACACACACACACACACACACACACACACACACACCCUCAUUUCUCUUAAGCCAAGAAGUUUGCUUUUCCCAGCUGCAGUGCAGAUCACUUUUGUUUUUGUUUUUUUGUCUUAAUCAUUUGGCAUUCACAUGUGGCUCUUAAUAUGUGCUUGUUUUUAAUUAAAACAAGAAGCUUUAAA